GAAGUGACGGGGUUCUUUCAUUGCAUUGAUUGCAGUGCCAAUAAAUCACGGUUCUAUUUCAGUUUAAUGCUAAAAGGAUCAAACUGAUUCAAAAAGGAAGGAACUUGGGAUUUGUUUCGAUCAGAGAUGGCGUCGGUUAAGGUUGAUUUCGAGGUUGGGAAUGAUGGGGUUGCUGUCAUCACUAUGUGCAACCCACCCGUGAAUGCCUUGGCUAUUCCAAUUAUUAAGGGGUUGAAAGAUAGAUUCGACGAGGCAGCAAGGAGGAAUGAUGUGAAAGCAAUAGUUUUGACUGGCAAAGGUGGCAGAUUUUCUGGUGGCUUUGACAUCAGUGUUAUGCAGAAGGUUCAUCAAACUGGGGAUAUCACGCUUGUCCCUGAUGUCUCUGUGGAACUAGUAGUCAACUCAAUUGAAGAUUCCAAAAAGCCUGUUGUUGCAGCAGUAGAGGGACUUGCUCUUGGAGGUGGCUUAGAAUUGGCCAUGGGAUGCCAUGCGCGAGUUGCUGCUCCAAGAACUCAACUGGGCCUGCCAGAGCUGACACUCGGUGUUAUCCCUGGAUUUGGAGGCACGCAGCGUCUUCCAAGGCUUAUCGGGCUGUCUAAAGCUGUUGAAAUGAUGCUAACAUCUAAACCAAUCAUGUCAGAAGAAGGGAAGAAACUAGGACUUAUUGAUGCCAUUGUAUCUCCUGAUGAGUUACUAAAGGUAUCUCGGCUUUGGGCACUUGAGAUUGGAGAGAGGCGCAGACCUUGGAUUCGUUCUCUUCAUAGGACAGACAAAAUUGGUUCCCUGUCUGAAGCACGUGAGGUGUUGAGAACUGCCAGACAACAUGUCAAAAAGAGUGCUCCACAUUUGCCUCAGCAACAGGCUUGCAUAGAUGUAAUUGAGCAUGGAAUAGUUCAUGGAGGAUACAGUGGAGUUCUAAGGGAGGCUGAAGUAUUCAAGAAAUUAGUUCUAUCUGAAACCUCAAAAGGUUUAAUUCAUGUCUUCUUUGCUCAGCGUACAAUAUCAAAGGUGCCUGGUGUAACUGAUAUUGGACUCAAGCCAAGAAAUGUGAAAAAAGCUGCUGUUAUAGGGGGAGGUCUAAUGGGUUCUGGCAUUGCUACAGCUCUUUUACUAAGCAAUAUUCGUGUCAUACUCAAGGAAGUCAAUUCUGAAUAUCUUCUGAAGGGAAUAAAAAUGAUAGAAGCAAAUGUUCGUGGCUUAGUAAUGAAAGGAAAGUUGACAAAAGAGAAGGCUGAUGGAGCACUCUCACUGCUUAAAGGUGUUCUGGAUUACACAGAAUUUAAAGAUGUGGAUAUAGUCAUUGAGGCUGUAAUUGAAAACGUCAGUCUUAAACAAGCUAUAUUUAGUGAUCUUGAGAAGAUCUGUCCUCCUCACUGCAUUUUGGCAACAAACACAUCAACUAUUGACCUCAACAUUAUUGGUGAAAAGUCCAGAUCUCGAGAUCGCAUUGUUGGUGCUCAUUUUUUCAGUCCUGCUCACAUUAUGCCUCUUUUGGAGAUUAUACGGACAGAUAAAACUUCUGCACAGGUGAUCCUAGAUCUUAUGACAGUUGGUAAAAUCAUAAAAAAGGCUCCUGUUGUGGUGGGUAACUGCACUGGCUUUGCGGUGAAUAGAACAUUUUUCCCAUAUUCACAAGGUGCCCAUUUAUUGGUCAACUUGGGUGUGGACGUUUUCAGAAUCGACAGAUUGAUAAGCAGUUUUGGCCUUCCCAUGGGUCCUUUCCUGCUUCAGGACUUGGCUGGCUAUGGAGUUGCUGUGGCAACUGGAAAAGAAUUUGCUGGUGCAUUUUCUGAUCGCACUUUUCCAUCUCCACUGCUUGGACUUUUGAUCAAAAGUGGGCGAAAUGGAAAAAACAAUGGGAAAGGGUACUACAUUUAUGAAAAGGGUAGCAGGCCAAAACCUGAUCCUUCAAUACAACCAAUUAUUGAGGAGUCUAGAAGACUUUGCAAUAUUAUGCCCAGUGGAAAGCCUAUAUCUGUUACUGACCAAGAAAUCGUGGAGAUGAUACUCUUUCCAGUAGUGAAUGAGGCAUGUCGUGUUUUAGAAGAUGGAAUUGUUAUUCGAGCAUCAGACCUAGACAUUGCAUCUGUUCUUGGAAUGAGCUUCCCAGCUUACCGGGGUGGCAUUGUUUUCUGGGCAGAUUUGGUUGGGGCUAAUCAUGUAUAUACCAGCUUAAAAAAAUGGGCACAAUUAUAUGGUAACUUUUAUAAACCAUCAAGGUAUUUGGAAGAAAGAGCGCUUAAAGGAAUUCCUUUGAGUGCACCUGCUUCAUCUACUCCAAGGUCAAAGGCGCGCCUGUGAGAAAUGAUUUUCCGAAGUCUUAAGCAUGUUGGAUAUUAUGGGAUAGGGAAUGUAGCUCAUAGUAUGUGCUACCGUCCAAGUUUAAAUGACAAAUGUUUUCAAAAAUUUUCUCACCCCUACAAAAAAUAAAAUAAAAUAAAAAGUAUUUAUGUUUUGUCUUAGUCGGCUAAUUUCUGAACAUGCAUGGUUAGUUCAAUGCAAUUAUUCGGAUUACUUAGAAUCCUUUCAAGUUUGUGUGUUUUGAUUUUACCUGUUUUACAUGCUUCACUUUCUAAAGUAGAAGCUAGUGUUGCGCUAUUUUUAAUUCAUAUUUGGUUGCUUUGUACGAUUUC